UCAUUUCUGAUUUAUAAAGAUCUGAAGGAAAUAAUCCAACUUUGAGUCUGUUCAUGUUUUAGCAACUUUAGGCUCAAAAUAAAAAAAAUACAGCUUAGAAUAAAAAUGGAUGAAGAGGCAGAGAAUGAUUUGAAGAGUGAAAAUGAAAUAGCAAAGGAACAGAAAGAGUGUUAUUGUGGAGAGGUAAAAGAGAGUGAGCUUGAAAUUUUACGAUGCACCUUGUGCAAGAGACGUCUUCAUUUAGACUGUUUAAGGUCUGGUCGACCGAGCCCACUGGUAGGAGAUGUGUAUUUUGAAGUCACUUGCAGCGACUGUGCAUCAGAUGGAGAAGAAAAAUGCAAGAGAGUAUAUAUGAGCUGGUCUCAAGCAGUAUACCUGGCUCUGUACAACUUAUGCAUCUACAGCAGUGGUAGGAAGGGCUACUUUCGAUGGAAGGAAGAUAUUUGUCAGUUCUUGGAAAGAAACUGGAUGUUGCUCUUUCCUGGAAGGAAGAGAACCACUUCGUGGUGUAGUACAGUUGCUGGCACGCUAUCUAUAGGAUGUCCCCACCACUACAAAUCUGGAACUAAGGAAUUUAAAGAAAAUGGAUGGUGGGCUCUGGCAGACAAGGUUCCUCCUGUCGUCAAACUUGGGAGUCCAGGUUCAGAGCGAAAAAGAAAGAAGAAUUCUAAUAAAUCCUCAAAGAAAAGAAAAACACAAGUUGAAUUAUUAGAUGUAAGAGAACAGAAUACAAAAGAGGAGGAAGAAGCCAAGAAAGAGAUGAAUGAAUCAAAUGAAGAAACUGAUGAUCAACUUCUUGAGUCUUUGUUAUCUGGUAAUCCAGUUAACAUUGAUACCCAAUCUGAUGAGGUCAUUGGCUCUUUACUAUCUGGGCAAAGCCUUGAAGAAUUGGCAAAAAGUCCAUUUCCGUUCAUGGAAAUGGAUGAUCCUUGUUCAUUGAUAUCAGAUGACAUCAAAGAAGAGUGGGAUGGAAGUCAAGAUGAUAGUCAUGUUGGUGAAGGCAAUAACGACAGUGGUAAUGAAUCAGACAGAGCUGAGUCUGUAGCAUCAACUGUCAAAUCUGAAGUCAAGAAGCUGAGCAAGACGAGACAAAAUAACGAACAGGAUAUUGCUGCUGAAAAUAUUGAAAACAGACUUACCAAGAUAUCUGAAGAUGAUGAACAUGAAGUGCUUUGUAGACUGAAUGCCUGCACCGAAACAAUCCAGAAGGACUGUAAGGCUCGAAGGCUCAGAAGAAAACUAAUCCUAAGAAAGAUUAAAAGAGAAAAUAGCCUUCCACUGUUUGACUUGGAUGCAUUUAUCAAAACAUCAUUGUCAUCAACAAAGUGUUAUGUCUUCAGAGAUGGAGAUUUUGYUCCCUUAAAGAAUGAUGAUGCAGACAUGGAUGAUACUGCUGAAAAGCAGAAAGAACAAGAUGGCUACCAGCAGAAAAAUUCCCGCGUUUUUACGCGAUACAGUCGUGUACUGGAUAGAUUUUUGGCAGCACCUCAGAUGUUGAGAAGAAAAGAUCAACAGGCUUCUACAUUUCUAAGCCGUCUUGUUGGUGCAGACAGACAGACACUACUUAGACCCAUUACCAGUCCCUACACGGCCCGUGUACUCAAGCCAUUUAUUAGAAGAGACUUUGAAAGUCGACCUCUAAAACUGAGAUUACUAGAGGAAAUAAAGGCUUAUCCUCACAGGAAUGAUUCGUCUUGGAAGGCACCUCCAUCGUGUUCCUUAGAUUACUGUUACGUUCAACCUUACCACAUACCAGCUGUUAAUACCAUGUGUAGGGAAUUCUUCUGGCCCGGGAUUGAUCUUUCAGAAUCAUUACAGUACCCAGACUUUAGCUGUGUCGUUCUCUACAGGAGUCUAGUGAUUGGCUUCGCGUUCAUGGUCCCUGAUGUCAAAUACAACGAAGCAUACAUCUCCUUCAUCCUAGUCCACCCCGAGUGGCGUCGAGCAGGGAUUGGUACCUACAUGUUAUAUCACUUGAUCCAAACAUGUAUGGGAAAAGACGUUACCUUGCAUGUGUCUGUAACCAAUCAAGCCAUGUUGAUGUACCAGAAAUUUGGCUUUAAGCCUGAAGAAUUUAUAUUGGACUUUUACGAAAAGUAUUUACCUGAGAGUAGUCAGGAAUGUCGGCACGCGUUUUUCUUGAGACUCAGAAGGUGACAGAACAAAAAUGCGGUGGAAAUACAAUAAAGAUGUGCAAAAAUCUCGCAGAACAUUCUACGGCGUGAAACUAGGAAAGGUUUGCGCGCGGGAUGCCUGUGCACUCCUAUUCUUUGCUUGCGCCUCUAGAAUGCCACAAAUGUAAAAUAACUAAAAACGCAUUAAAAAUAUGAUAUGAUUUA